ACGCCUCUCUCUUGGGCGGCAGAGAAGGGGUACGAGGCCGUGGUUAGGCUGCUGCUUGCGAAGGACGGUGUCGACACAGGCUCUAGGGAUAGUAUAUUUGGACGGACACCGCUGCUGUGGGCAGCAGAGAAAGGGCACGAGGCGGUGGUGAGACUGCUGCUUGCGAAGGACGGUAUCGACGCAGACUCGAGAGAUACUAUAAGUGGGCGAACGCCGCUGUCGUGGGCAGCCCAGGGUGGGCACGAGGCAGUGGUCAAGCUGUUGCUU